AUGAGAUUUGCAAUGGCGAACAAGGCGUACAUUGCGGUGACGCUAGGCGCCGCCAUCGAGCUCAAGGAGCAGGUGGCCAAGCCCUGCUCCUCGUCGGCGAAGCAGGGCGCGUCGGUGCUCGCGGCGCUGUCGGCGGCGGCGGCCGGCAAGGUCGGCGGCGGCGCCGAGGAGUCGCUGAGGAUGGUCAUGUUCCUCAGCUGCUGGGGACCAACAAGCUAG